UAAGGGGCUGUCUUCUGCCCAGUUCAGGCCUUGGCGCGGGAGGCCGGCUAUCCUAGUACAUGGAGAAAGAACAGGUGCAUGGUCAGAGUGGAGGGCCUGGGGAGAGGAGAAGGAGGGGGUUGGGUAGCCCCAUGCAGGAGAGGGUCUUUGAGCCGGUCCUUGGUUCCAUGUGUUGUCCUCACUAUGAAGCCCAGCAGCCAUUUGUCCCUGGGCUGGCAGACAGGGCAUACCGGCCAGCCUGGUCUUUUGGGCAGUGGUGUUUUGGGUUGAGACAAAGAGUGGCACCAGGAGGGGUGCCUGGUAGGUCUCUGUACAUCAGCUCAGACUCUGGGCUGGGAAACACCUGACUGAGGAAGGCUGGGCCUGGGGGUGUUGGAAUGGAGUGAGACCAUGGCCACGGCCAUCCCAUGUGCCUGGAGAAGCUGAGCUGCCAGCGGCUUGUCUGGCCAUGUGUUAAGGAGCAGGUCUUCUACCUUCGGGUACCCUAGCCUUCUGUUAUAUGGCUUACGUGCAUGGGCUACGUGCAGGGGGAGGACCCAGGGUGUGGCUGCUUGUUCCUGCUUCAGGCUCACUAUUUCUUUCUUCCCUGCAGAACCCAUCCCUGGGGAAGGCAGAGAAGAGCAGCCCAGCCUGCUGUAUAGACAGCAUUGUGUGUAGUGCUGUCUUCUUGGUCAAUGACUCGGGUGUCGGCCCAGACCCUCCUCUGUGCCUUGUCUGAGGUGCCUGUCUAUCCCUGUUGUUCUUCUCCCUGGGCUGGGUCACUUCACGCAGGAAACUGAAGCCGUUACUCUCCAAAGCCCGCUUCAUCUUCCCAAGCAUGUCGGAAAGUUGGCAACAGCCACCACAGACACAACCCCAGCAGCCCCAGCCCCCGCAGCCCCAGCACCAUGCAGAGCCCCCGCCGGCCCUGGCUGAGCACACACUGCCCCCAGGCACGGCCGAGAACCCCUUGGGCUGUGCCGUGUAUGGCAUCCUCCUGCAGCCUGAAGCAAGCCUGCAGCCUUCCCAGCACGCACCCCUGCAGGCGGCAGGGGAGCCAGGCCCCAAGUGUGGGGUGUGUGGUCAUGACCUGGCGCACCUGUCCAGCCCACACGAGCACCAGUGCCUGGCAGGCCACGACCGUUCAUUCCAGUGCACACAGUGUCUCAAGCUCUUCCACCAGGCUACUGACCUGUUGGAGCACCAGUGUGUGCAGGCCGAACAGAAGCCUUUCGUCUGCGGUGUGUGCAAGAUGGGUUUCUCGCUGCUCACCUCCCUGGCGCAGCACCACAGCUCACACACAGGCCUGGUGAAAUGCUCUAUCUGUGAGAAGACCUACAAACAUGCCGAGACAGAGCCAGUGACCACGACAGCACCUUCCCUUCCCUCGGCGCCCACGGCCUCUGUGGAGCAGGCCGAGAAGCCCUACAGCUGCCCCAUCUGCCAGAAGCCCUUCAAGCACCUGUCGGAGCUGUCCCGCCACGAGCGGAUCCACACGGGUGAGAAGCCAUACAAGUGCACACUAUGUGACAAGAGCUUCAGCCAGUCCUCCCACCUGGUGCACCAUAAGCGCACGCACAGCUCGGAGCGGCCCUACAAGUGUGCAGUGUGCGAGAAGACUUUUAAGCACCGCUCGCACCUUGUGCGCCACAUGUACGCACACUCAGGCGAGCACCACCUGUUUCGCUGCAAUGUGUGUGAGCUGCACUUCAAAGAAUCCUCAGAGCUGCUACAGCACCCAUGCACACCCAGUGGCGAGCGGCCCUUCCGCUGUGGUGAGUGCCAGAAGGCCUUCAAGCGGCCCUCGGACCUGCGGCAGCACGAACGCACGCACAGUGCCGAGAGGCCCUUCAAGUGCGACCUGUGCCCCAUGGGUUUCAAGCAGCAAUACGCACUCAUGCGGCACCGGCGCACACACAAGACAGAGGAGCCCUUCAAGUGCGGCCUGUGUGAGAAAGGCUUCGGGCAGCCCAGCCACCUGCUCUACCACCAGCAUGUGCACACGCUCGAGACUCUCUUUAAAUGCCCCGUGUGCCAGAAGGGCUUCGACCAGUCGGCUGAGCUGCUGCGGCACAAGUGCCUGCCGGGUACAACCGAGCGGCCAUUUAAAUGCCCUGUGUGCAACAAGGCCUAUAAGCGGGCCUCGGCCCUGCAGAAGCACCAGCUGACACACUGCGCCGCCACAGAGAAACCCCUGCGCUGCACAUUGUGUGAGCGCCGCUUCUUCUCCUCCUCGGAGUUUGUGCAGCAUCGCUGUGACCCGGUGCGUGAGAAGCCACUCAAGUGCCCGGACUGUGAGAAGCGCUUCAAGUACGCCUCAGACCUGCAGCGGCACCGGCGCGUGCACACGGGGGAGAAGCCCUACAAAUGUCCCAACUGCGACAAGGCCUUCAAGCAGCGUGAGCACCUCAACAAGCACCAGGGCGUUCAUGCCCGGGAACAACAGUUCAAGUGUGUGUGGUGCGGGGAGCGCUUCCUGGACGUAGCCCUGCUGCAGGAGCACAGCGCACAGCACAGUGCAGCUGCCGCAGCGGCAGAAGGUGCCUACCAGGUUGCUGCCUGCUUGCCCUGAGUGCGUAUGUGUGGACUUUCCUGCCUCGCACUCAGCUACCUGUCCUCCCUCCCCAACCCUGCUCAGGGUUUGGAGUGAGGACAAAAAGUGGAGGGCUCCUGUGCUUAGCACUCCUGGCACCAGCUUGGCAGCAGUGGAGCCAGAGGGCUAUGGCCGCACCUGACUCCAUAACCCUCUAACCUCCCCAGGUUUUGCUUUCCCGAGAGUCACCAGCCUCCCUUGGCUCUGGGGUACCAGAGCCAGACUGGAUGGCAAGUGGGGCAAUACCAGCCCAGCCCUCCCAAGUCUUUUGACCUAAUUAGCAAGCAGAAAAGUUGGCAAGAGGUGGCUCAUAGUUGGGCCCAAGGAGGCGGGCCUGCUUGUUCCCCAGAGGCAGGCUUGGUGUAGGGCUUCCCCCCAGGUUGCUGGUAAGGGAUAUGGCCAGCUUUGCGAUGGAGCCUAGAGACCGGGUAGCAGACUGUGGACCACAGUCUGCCCUUGGCCCAAGUAUAAGGGGUCAGGUGUCCCCCGGCACCUAACAGGGCACACCUGCAGGAUGGGGGUCCUUGGCCAGGGUCCAUUUAGAGUUCUUCUGACAUCAACUAGGGACAAUGCCACCCAUGGGGAAGGGAGGGCAGGUGGCAUGUUGGUGGCAAGGGCUGAGCACUGCAUUGGCUUUAGAAACCUCUCUCCACUUUUGUGGUGUGCUCGGGCCGGGCAGAACUGCUAGUGUGAAACAUGGGAGGGAGGAGGUGGGGUCAAGCUCCAGGUCUCCCCAGCAGGUGCAAAGGAGUAUUCCCUUCUCAGUGUGUGAACCAAAGCAUCCGGGGGCUUGCCGCAGCCCUGCCUCAGGGCCAAGACCAGGCCUGGGGACCCAGAGUGGGAGAAUGGCCUCCUCCUUUGCAGGGCAUUUUUCCCCCAACACCACGCCAUCUGUCUGCCUACUGACCUGGACCACAGGCUAACCUUGUGUUGCCAGGAUGCCCUGGAUAGCACCCAGCCACUUUGAAGGCCAGUUAUUCUCCUUUGGGUCAUCCAAGAGUCCCUCCACAGGUCUCACUGCCUAUUGGACUUGUGGGUACAGGGUGUUCAGGCAUGGGGAAUAGGAGGGAGACUGGUGGGUUACAGAGCCAGGAGGCUGUGUGCCUGGCAGGUGCAUGGAGUCAGCUGAGCUUGCUGGCAGCCAAGGCUCUAAAAACCUGGAAAGGACUUAUGUCAGUCAUGGGACAUUUUGAGCCUAGCUCUGCCUCCUCCCUUCAGCCAGCCAUACCCUCCCUUGUUUGUGGCUUUUACAUGAAGACUGAGGGGUACACAUGCAAAGGGCCCGCUUCCCCCUCCAUUCUGGGGCUGUGAAUGGUCACAUGGCCUGCUUGCUGGCUGGGUUCUUUCCAGUGCCUGCAGCGGGGCUGGUCCUUGUCCUGGGGAGGCAUCCCCCAGCAGAUUCCUGAAAGACUGGGAACUCAGGCUCACAGUGUUCCAACUGCUAGCUUUCCCUUUUCCAUUGCUUUCCGAAAACGGUUUGUAAUACUAUUCAUAACAUUGUAUAGCUGAAUUUCAUGUCAUUUUCAGUCUUCUCCAAAAAUGUGUGAAUCUGGAUUUUUAAAAUGAACGACUCCAUUUUAGGUAGCCACUUUGAUGUCCCUGUGUAGUGAGUCCAAUGUGUUUGCUGUAGAAGUAAAGAUGCCAACUG